GCAAUUUGCUUAUAUAAAUAAGACGGUUCAGUUUCUCAUAGGUUUCGGAACUUGUUAAUUAAUUUUUAAGAUAUUAUUUAUUUUGAAAUCCUGAGGGUAGAUAUCGUGCAAUAAACGUGCAAUGCUUCCCUUGAAAAUAUUUUCGAUAAAUGGCAACCCUGCGUAAACAAUUUCCUUUUUCCGGUGAGGUUUGCUGGAAGGGCUACUUCACAAAGUUGCAGCCAUGGCGGAUUGGGACGAUGAAGCAGAGGCGGCGACCGCAGCGGUCGAGGACAUGGUCCCGCCGACCGCCGACAUGCCCGAGGUCCACCUGUUCGGCAAGUGGUCUUGCGAGGACGUCCAGGUCCCGGACAUCUCCCUGCAGGACUACAUCGCCGUGAAGGAGCGUCACGCGCGCUACAUGCCGCACAGCGCCGGCCGCUACGCCGCCAAGCGGUUCCGGAAGUCGCAGUGCCCGAUCGUGGAGCGGCUCACCGACUCGCUGAUGAUGCACGGACGCAACAACGGCAAGAAGCUGAUGGCCGUGCGCAUCGUCAAACACGCCUUUGAGAUCAUCCACCUGACGACCGGCGAGAACCCGCUGCAGGUGCUGGUGACGGCUAUCGUCAAGUCGGGCCCGCGCGAGGACUCGACUCGUAUCGGUCGCGCUGGCGCCGUGCGCCGCCAGGCGGUGGACGUGUCUCCUCUGCGCCGCGUCAACCAGGCCAUCUGGCUGCUGUGCACGGGCGCGCGCGAGGCCGCCUUCCGCAACAUCAAGUCGAUCGCCGAGUGCCUGGCCGACGAGCUCAUCAACGCCGCCAAGGGCUCCUCCAACAGCUACGCCAUCAAGAAAAAGGACGAGCUGGAGCGUGUGGCCAAGUCGAACCGUUAAUCAGCGCGCCGCGAAUGACACACUGCCGGAACGAAUACAGUGUACCGACAGUGA